AUGGUCCUCGUGCACUCGGCGCUGGCCCCCCUGCUCGCUGCUCCUGCGCUGUCUCUUGUCGGCAGAUCGCAAGUUACAAAUCUGGCAAAGAUGGCGCAGACUGAAGGCACGGGUGCAGCAACAGGCACCGCCACGGUUAAGCGGGGACUGGCUGAGAUGCUCAAGGGCGGUGUCAUUAUGGACGUCGUCAAUGCGGAGCAAGCCAAGAUCGCCGAGGAAGCUGGUGCCUGUGCCGUCAUGGCACUCGAACGUGUGCCCGCAGACAUCCGUGCUCAAGGUGGUGUUGCCCGCAUGUCCGACCCCAAGCUAAUCCGUGAGAUUAUGGCUGCCGUGACCAUUCCUGUCAUGGCCAAGGCUCGUAUUGGCCAUUUUGUCGAGGCCCAGAUUCUCGAGGCCAUCGGGGCUGAUUAUAUUGACGAGUCAGAGGUCCUCACCCCAGCGGACGAGAAGUACCACAUUGACAAGCACAACUUUAAGCUGCCUUUUGUUUGCGGUGCCCGCAACCUGGGCGAGGCCAUGCGCCGUAUUCAUGAGGGUGCCUCGAUGAUCCGCACCAAGGGUGCUGCCGGCACGGGAGACGUGAUCCAGGCUGUCAAGCAUGUGCGCACCAUUGCCGAGGAAAUUGGUGCACUCCGCGGUCUGGACGAGCGUCAACUUCAACAGGUUGCGGCCAAGGAACGCGUGCCUCUCGAGCUCGUCAAGGAGAUCCUCACCCUGGGUCGGCUGCCCGUCGUCAACUUUGCCGCCGGUGGUGUUGCUACGCCAGCAGAUGCUGCCAUGAUGAUGCAAAUGGGCUGCGACGGUGUUUUUGUCGGCUCGGGUAUUUUCAAGUCAGGCGACCCGGCCAAGCGCGCGCGCGCCAUUGUGCAAGCCGUCACCCAUUACGACGAUCCCAAGCUGCUAGCUGAGGUGAGCGAGGACUUGGGCGUGGCCAUGGUCGGCAUCAACUGUGAUGAACUGCUUGGUGCCAAGACCCACAUGAAUUUGUCCAAGGUGCCCGAAUAG